GGGUUCAGACUCUUCACAUACAAUGCCUCUAGAUUAUAAUGAAGUCCUAUACUAUACUAAGUACAAUUAAUCUCUGUACUUUAUAAUGUACACAAUGAGAGUUUUACCUGCAUUAGCUCAGUGAACCCUAACAAUGAUCUUUGCCAUGACCCAAGAAGUUCCUUUCUAUUGCUAAAGAAACACUGGAAAAAUUUCUCACAUGGGAGACACUCGACUUUGUUGACAAAUGGAGAGGCUGGAAAAGUUUACAAGUCUGUGUACAAAAAGAGAAGGUGAGAUGAUUUACAUAAUGCACCUUUCCCCCCUAUAUACAUGCUUUUUUCCACUGAUCUCCUUAGGGCAGAUAACAUUAUUUCACUUCUAAACAUGAAACACAGAAGCAGAAGGAUGGGAAGCUCAGCCAGAGCUGUAGUUCCAAAUCAGUCUAGCUGGAGAGAACCUGGUCUCAAAAAAAAACAAACCAAAGAAAGCAUGGGUUAUAAUCUAGAACUAGUAAGCUGGAGUAAAGUUCCCCAGACUGGCUUCUAUGGUCACCAGUGACUUUUCUCAGUCCUUGUGGCAAAGUUAGCUGUCCCUUCAAAGUUAGGAAGAAACGUGGUUUUCAGUAGACAAUGCAGGUCCUUCAAGAAAGCGAGAAAGGCAUAUGUGUUUCUCCUUGUCUGGGGGCGCUUUUUGUCUCGCAGGGGAAUGCCGUACUAAAACCUCCCCCAAUGAUUUUAGAGGAAAGGAACUUAAAAUUAGAAGCUUGAGUCAUAAUUAUCUGUAGGAAUGUCAGAGUAGACUGGAGGAUGAGGGAUGUGGCAAAGGAAGUGAAAUAGGCCAACGAGUAAGGGCUGAGGCUGGAAACCCUAAUGUGAAGUUGUAAAAACUUUUGAAAGUUCCAUCCAGGGCUGUGGUACACAGCUAAGGCCUUGUUAAGUAACCCUUGCUUAAGAACUAUCUUUUGAAAGGAGCACUUGACACACACUCCACAAAGUUAUUGGAUACACUCCCAUUUUUUCUGUUAAAUGAUGAGAUACACCGAACACCUGGCCUAACCUCUGGUACCUUUCCUACGUUUUUUUUUGGGGGGGGUGGGGUGUUUUUUGUUUUUGUUUUUUUGAUAGCCAAAAGGCCACAAGGCCCCAGUUCGCGCUCUAUUGCUAUGCUCUGAUCCCCCUGGUGCGAGGGGAGGGAAUCUAUAGAUCAGAUGACAAGGGUGCGCUUCAUACCUGGCAUGAGUAAUAGGAAAGACCCUGCCAGGAGGGAAGCAAUGCCUCAGUAUUCCCAUUCCCCAGCAGCUGACCACAGCCAGGGCCAUGGUGGGAGCACCAUGUGUCCACGUGCAUCCGGCAUGUCCUGCUACUCUUCUUACAUAAGACUCCCGAUAUGGAGUCAGGGCAGCUGUGAGUCCCUCUUACCCCACGUCUAAUAAUAAACUGAAGCUAAGUUUCCCGGCUGCAGCCACUCUAGAUUCAGCAUUGAGGGGAUCUUUUGCAACCCGGACACACAUGCAUUCCGGUCAUCCCACCCGGCGAGUGCGCGCCAAGCCCGCCCAGCCCGCGCUCCAGUCCGCCCUCUGGUUUGGACGGCGGCUCCUUGGGCUCAGUGCCUCGCCUUCCCUCCCCCAACCAGCUUGCUCAGGGCUUGGUGCUGGGGCGCGGCCUCUCCAUCCUCUCAGCCCUACCCUCCCUUUCCCUGCUGGGUCGCCCAGCCUUAGCCCGGGUAUCAGGCGAGAGGCGGAGCCGGCCUGCGUGCUCCGCCCCCGCGGUAGAAAGGGUUGGGCGAGUGUUACUCGCGGUCAGGGCUGGGACCUUUUAUCUGUGCUGCUGAAGGAGCAGGUCAAGGCUAGACCCAACCUCCCACUGUCAUCGCGAGCCAAAGCUAGGAGCAGCCGCGCAUCACGAAGGGCUGGGCUGCGACAGAAACCAGAGUUACAGAGGGCGGAGAAGGAUCUGGGAAUCCCGCCUCACCGGCUACAAGCAGGCUCCGGCACCGGCCCCUGAGAGCGCUUGAAGGCAGCAUCGCCAGCGGUCUAUCUCGGUUUACCAGCGUCCCAGUGUUUCCGCACCCUCUCGGC